AUGACCGAACAGGUGAUUGGAGCCAACAGUGUACCCGGCAUUAUUGCCCCAGGCAGUGUUCACAUCAUCCAGCCCAGCUACCCCGUGGCCUCUGGAAGUCAUCUGCAGCCUUCAGGGGUGACCACUUAUUCAAUCUCACCAAAAGUAAUCCAGUGUGAUACAGGAAGAGCAAACUUACAGAAUCUACUCGUGGUGAGCCAGAACCCCGUGGCAGGUGCACAGAGUCAACCCAUUGGGUAUCAGCGACCGUAUCCGGUGGGAACAGCCAGUUUGCAGACUGUGCCUGGAGUGAUCCAAUACACACAGGGAACAACAAAUCUCCAGACAUGGCCUGGAGACCCUCAGAAUCCUCCAAAUGCUAACCCUGGGCUGACACACACCUCAGACUCAUCCCAGUGGAACACAUCAUUUGCAUCAUUUACUGCAUUUAAUCCCAAGAAAUUCAUAAAGGAGGAGGUCAGAACAUUAGGGGCCAUCCAGAUCCUCAUCGGCCUGACGCACAUUUUCUCUGCAAUUAACCCUGUGCUGUAUUACUAUUUUUCUGUGACCUGGGUGUCAGGCUACUCGCUCUGGGGAGGAUUAUCCUAUAUUAUAUCUGGAUCCCUCUCAGUAUGGGCUGCAAAGGACCCCAGUCCUUGUGUGAUGAACAGCAGCAUCAGCUUGAACAUCAUCAGUUCAUUAUUCGCCUUUGCCGGGAUCUUCAUUAUCAUUACAGAUCUUAUCCUUUACUAUGUGACGACAUAUUCAAAAGCAGUUUCUGGUGGUCUUCUCCCCUUUGCCCUCCUGGAGUUCAUCCUCACUUGUGUGGUCUCACAUUUUGGGUGCCAGGCUACCUGCUGCAAACAACUUGAGAAUGUGACAGUGAUUCCAACUGUAUUCAGUUUGAACCCAGCCAAUACCGCCACCAGCCCUGUCAACACCACCACCAGCCCUGUCAAUGUUACUGCUGGUCCUGUCAAUGCUACCAUCGGCCCUGUCAAUGUGACCACUGGCCCUGUUAACACUACCACUGGCCCUGCCAAAACUACCACCAGUUCUGUCAAUGCUAUCCACACCAACAAUGUACCCCCUGAACCCUCAUACCAAGAAAUAGCUGAUUUGCACAGAGAUAGAUGACAUGGGAUGCCUGUCUCAACGACAAGGGGAUACACUGCAGCAGUAUCUUUCCUUCUCCCUGAAACUUCCAUGACCAUGACCCUAGCCUUGUUGCCAGAUGGAAAUGAAAAAGCAUUUCCUCUCCUCUUCACUCCUAAGCUUCAUUUUUGCUUGUUAUUGAUGCCUUUUUUUCAUUCAUAAAUAAUUUUCCUUUGA